AUGGAGGGCUCAACUCUUCCAACGUCAUUGAAUACCGUGUUCGACGAGAACUCGCCACUAUGGAAGCAAUUCGAACCAGUUCAUCUGAGAGACGCGGAGAUACUACCAAUCCUGCGGUUGCCUCUGGCGAAGACAGUCUUUGGACUCAAUACGGCGGACGAUGAGGCACUAGGCCGUGUAUCUCGAGGGGAAAUAUCGUACUCUACCUUUCUGGUCGAAAAAGCGAAGGCAGUCUCCCAAACACAAGUAGACGGUCUGAGCUACGAACAACAGCGCUCGCAAUUGUUCCACAUCGGCCUAGCGGCUCUCUUCAGCUUCCUGCAGUCAAAUGUUACUGGUCCUCCUCUGGAGUUCAACUCGGCAGAGGUCAUUGUGCCUCCUAGCCUGCGGUCUGAUGUAACGACUCUCAGGGCCGUCCGUGCCCAUGUCAUCCGGGAACUUUCUGUGGACGGGGAGUCGGCCUACAAGUUGACUCCCAAUGUGGAAUUAUUUUCUGUUGCAAAGACCCUUCUAGUUGAUGCGGAUGUCUUGCUUGCAAACGGUCCCUUGAUGGCUAGAACGGCAAGGAUGCGCGUCAGAUUUCUUCACCAAAAAAUGCUUUCCGAGACCACCGGUACUCUGCAAGAUGCAAUCUACGCCGAUCUAGAAGAGAUCAGCAAAAUAAUACUUACCGGCUCAUCUAAUCCCCAAGAAAUAGGGAGUUUCCUGUUGGAAAGGGCAACAAUCCACACUCACCAUGGAUUUGAUGCCAAGGCUAGGGCCGAUCUGGAGCAGGCCGCUGCAAACCGUAACUUUGAAUUUGCCUUGACAGGUAAAUUGGGCAAAAGGACCAAGUUUCAGGACCGUGAUAUUAGUCAACUUGUCCUUUUAGCCAAGAGUGCUGAUGAUACGUCGAAGAGCACGGAAAUCGAGGGUGAUUCAAAACCUUCAGGUCCGAAGAAUUUGGACCUCAAUGACGAUACCCUUCUCGAAUCUAUAUCUUUCACCAAGCCUGAUGGGCAACAGUCUCAGGGUAAGCCUGUGACUGUCCAGGAUGAGUCAGCCCUUUCGCCAGCGUUGGCGUCUCUUGACCCCGGUAACCAGCCCAUCCUGGAUCCUAUCGACUCCUCCAUCCUCUUAGCCCUGGCUUCGGCAAUAACCAAUACGUCCCCCGAGAAUGGGCUUACUCGGGAAGAAACCCAUCCGUAUGCUACACGCGUCCUCGAAGGUGGCAGCUCAAACUGGCAGAUCUAUACGCAAGCACUAUUGGUACGGAGUCGCGUAGAAGGGUAUAGGUCGAGAACGGUAGAACGGGCUGUGUUGCAGAUGCAAGCUCUCGUUGAUCAAGUGAUUGCGGAUACAGCCACCCUUGACUCUCAGGCCUCUACCUCCGUCGAAGAGCCGACUACAUUCCUUCCAAGACCCGAACAAUCCGAAUCCGCAUCCGCCGCGGAGAGACUAGAGUAUAUUUGGGUCCUGAGCUUCUCCACUCGCUGGGAUCUUGAGGCUGAAUUGGCAUCCCGAUGGGUUCAGCUGGGAGGAUUGCGAACUGCGCUUGACAUUUAUGAGCGCCUGCAGAUGUGGGCGGAGGCCGCCCUAUGCUACGCUGCUACUGAAAAGGAAGAGAAGGCGAAAUCCAUCGUCCGUAGACAGCUCUACGAGCCUACAAGCAAAGACACCGAGGAUGAGAACGAGAAAUUUGAAGGGCCAGAACUGUCGCCCCUUCCGGCCGACGCUCCUCGGCUAUUCUGUAUCCUGGGUGAUAUCAAUGCAGAUCCAGCCAUGUAUGAACGUUCCUGGGAGGUCUCAAAUCAGAGAUACGCCCGGGCUCAGCGCUCUUUGGCCCGCCACUACCUCACCUUGAAGCCACCUGCCUUAGAAAAAGCGGAAGAGGCUUACCGCAAGAGUCUGCACAUCAACCGUCUCAACCACAGUGCAUGGUUCGCCUUGGGCUGUGUGCAGCUCGAGCUACAACGCUGGGAUGAUGCAAUUGAUUCCUUCACUCGGACUGUUCAACUCGAAGACACCGACGCUGAAGCCUGGAGUAAUCUUGCCGCGGCCAUACUACGAUCACCCAAGCCCGAUGAGAGCACGUCUACUGUCCGCACGCCCACAGAGCAGCGCCCAGACGAAGAAGCCGACCAAGAGGCCGAAAAAGUACGAGAAGAUCCCUACAAGCACAAACGGGAAGCCCUCGCAGCUCUUCAUCGCGCUGCCCAACUAAAACACACCGAUGCUCGCAUCUGGGACAAUGUCCUCACCGUCGCGGCGUCGAUUCCUCCACCAUUCACACCAUUCCGGGAUGCUGUGACAGCGCAAAGAAGAGUCAUCGAGCUCCUUGGUUCCAAAAAGGGCGAGAAAUGCGUCGAUCAACCGAUCCUGGGCAUGUUCAUCGACCACCUUGUCACCGCCUACGACUACAACCAACUCCUGAUCAAUGUCAAUGAAGGCAGCGAUUCCGCCCCGGAAUAUGUCAUCCGCAGCGGUACUAUCCCCGGCCAAAUCCUCUCCCUUCUUGAUAACUGUGUCGUGCCGCUCAUCACGCACUCCGCUCCUCUGUGGCUCCUCGUUGCCCGCGUUGAGGAGUUCCGCGAACAGCCACUCAAGGCCUUUGAGGCGCACGAGAAAGCGUGGCGAGCUACCGUCGCCUCCUGUACACAGGGUGCCUUCCAGAUGGGAGACGAGAAGAAGUGGAUGGAAGUCGUGCGUUCUACGGAGCGAUUGGUCCGUAAUGGGUAUGCUAAGUACGGGCCCAUGGAUAAAGAAGGCCAGCACAAUGUGGAUGAGCCUGAACUUGUCGCUAAGGAUUGGAGAUUCAAGGCCCGUAGCGCAGUUCGUGGAAUUCUAGGCAAAGGAAAGGAAUUCUGGGAAGAUAGUGAGGGAUGGAAUCGUCUGAAGGAGUUGCAGAGUGAAGUUGGGAGUAUAUAA